GGUCUGUGCUGCUAACACGAACACUAACACGUAUAAAUUCUCAGUUGUUUACUGCCAUUUAUCAAGCUAAAUUUAACUUCGGUUACCCCGGAAGAAAUUCAGUAAUUCUUUAAAUGGCUACGAAAUUUCGGCCUAGUGAUGGCGAUUGGACUUGUCCUGAUGAAAGCUGUGGAAAUGUCAACUUUGCUAGACGAAGUGCCUGCAAUCGUUGUGGGAAAGCCAAAGAAGAUGACAAAGCAAAAGCUAAGAAGCUUGGCAUGGAAAUCGGGAAAGAUGCAGCAGAGAAGAGCAAGGGCCUUUUUAGUGCAGAUGAUUGGAUGUGUACAAAAUGUGGAAAUGUAAACUGGGCCAGAAGGGGAACUUGCAAUGUAUGCAAUGCCCCAAGGUUUGGAGAAGUGGAAGAACGAACAGGUUAUGGAGGAGGCUACAAUGAACGUGGAACAGUAGAGUAUAAAGAAAGAGAAGAGUCAGAUGAUGAAUUUGAUGAAUUCGGACGUAUCAAGAAAAAGUUCAGGAAAAACGAUGUGAACUCUGAUGAGUUACCUUCAACAUCACGUGAACCAAAAACAUUAGACGACGAGGAGGAGGAUGAGGAAGAAGAUGAUGAUGAUGGAGAUUUAUCAAAAUACGAUCUUAGUGGUUGGGGUGACGAAAGUAACGAGAAUCCCGAAGAAAAGAAAUCAUCACCUGUCAACGAUGCUCCAGUAAAAUCAGAAAAUGGCAGCAAAACCAGCGGAGUGCGUCACUCUGAAAAAUCCAGGUCUCCCGGUCGUUCCAGGUCGUCUUCUCGUGAUCGAUCCGGUUCUAGGUCAAGCAGGAGCAGAAGGUCAGAUAAACGCAGUGAUCGCCGCCGACGCCGUUCAAGAUCUUCAAGCGACCGUUCUAGAAGCCGUUCUCGGUCCAGGUUUGGUUUGCCAAUCAAGGGCUUUCAUUUUUAGUUGCUUCACAAACAGAACAAUCGUCAAACAUGUUAAUUAACUAUUGCGAAUAUUGAGACAAGUUCCUCUUCUUGUAUACUAGGUCUCGUUCUAGAAGCCGCAGACGUCGCUAAACUUCUUCAACUUUACUCAAAAGCAAUUUGAGUAGAUGAUCAACUGCAUCGCUUGCAAAAUUACCCUUUUACACCCAUAAUAGAUUUUGAUAGUAACAUCAUCUUCACCUUUUCCUGCAAUUUAUUUUCUCAUGGCAGAAAAAUAAACAAUUACUUCCAAA